AUGAACAAGCAACGAGGAUGGAGGACAAUAACAGGAAUUUUUACCUUCACAGCCGGAGUAGCUGUAGGACUGUUUGGAUCAUCGUCGAUAUCAGACAUUUUCAAACGAAACAAUCGAGAACAGCAACGUUCGUCUGUGGCAGUAACAACGGACGACAAGGAAGACAAGCAUACAAUCAUAACUCCACGGGAUCAAUAUGAAGUCACCAUUCCUAAUAUCCCAGAGCACUUUGAUAAAUAUGGAUUGCCGAAAUCAGAGAGCAUCAUUUCACGGUCAUCGUAUGUGACUUCAAUUAAUUACGGGAGAAGGCAGCCUAAUUGGGUACUCGAAGUCAUGAAUAGAGAGUCGCUGGAGCAUAAUGUAGACAGGGAGCACACCACAUUCAUCACAGACACAGAUGUGCCUCGUUUAUGGCGAGCUAGAAAUCUGGAUUAUUUGAAUUCGGGAUAUGCUCGAGGUCAUCUUGUACCAGCUGCCGAUUCAAGAACUUCGCAACAAGCUUUGAAGGACACUUUCUUACUAUCGAGUAAUAUCAUUCCACAAGAUGCCAAGAACAACAUGCUAUACUGGAGUCGUGUCGAAGCAUUCGCCCGAAGCUUGAUUUUGGAGAAUGAAUUCAAAGAAGCAUACAUCAUGACAGGCCCGAUAUGGACAUAUCCAGAUGCUCAUAUCGAGAAACCAAGCGAGGCAAACCUCAUCGCCAACAACGAUAAUAGCAACAACCAUGACAAUAACAGCAACAGUAACAAUGCUAAUAUUAAAACAAGAAAUAUCAUCCGCCAAGUAUCAUACCCAGUAAUUGGAGAAUCGACAAUCCACGUCCCAACACACAUAUUUAAAGCCAUACUAGCCAUAAGACAGAAUGAGGACAAGGAGGAACCCUACUUUGCUGCUUUUGUGGUACCCAAUGCUCCAAUACCACCAUCGAAUGGGUUGUUAAUGUAUAAAGUAUCUCGAUCUAGACUAGAUUCUUUGCUGGGGUUUAGAGUCUUUCCCCGGCUGGAAGGUGAAAAGGAUUUAUGUGUUUGGGAUGUUUGUCGUUUAGGGAGGAAUUUCAAGAGGAGUGCCAGAGUUGUUGAAGCUGCUGAUGGUUCUACUGUGGCCAAUGCAUAG